GGACGUGCCAGGGAUACUGCAGCAGUUGGCUGGUGUUGGUUCCUGCUGGCUGCCUUGGUCUCUCCCAGGAUGGUGGGUUUGAGGAUAGACAUCACCAUGCUCCUGGAGCCUCUGGGCUUUGUUAAGGUCCUUGAAUGGGUUUUUGCCAUCUUUGUUUUUGCCACAUGUGGAGGCUUUCGAGGUGAAACUGCUCUUCUAGUUUCCUGUGAGGGUGUGGUAAACAAAACAGUUACAGCUGCUUUUUCUUAUCCAUUCAGGUUGAAUACUGCUGUAUUUAGUGCACCAGACCCAAAAGGCUGUGGUGGCACCUGGACUGAUGUCUGCCUCGCGGGUGACUUCUCCUCUUCUGCACAGUUCUUUGUUGCACUGGCAGCAUUGGUGUUUGUCUACUGUGUUACUGCCCUUGUGGUAUAUAUUGGAUAUAACCAUGUGUAUCAGCACAAUAACAAAUUCCCACUAACUGACUUGGCAAUCAGUGUCUUGAUAGCCUUUCUGUGGCUGGUCAGUACUUUUGUUUGGGCAAAUGCCCUUGCUGACAUCAAGGUGUCCACAGGAGCCAGCAUUGUUCCGGGAAUUGAGUCUUGCAAAGCACCAGGAACAACUUGCCAUUUUCUUUCUGUGACCCGCAUGGGAAUCCUGAAUGUGUCAGUGGUAUUUGGCUUGCUUAAUAUGAUUUUAUGGGCAGGAAAUAUUUGGCUUAUAUACAAGGACACCAACUUGCACAGCCAAUGGAACAGAAUUUCUGAAAGUCCAACUGAAAGGGUAUAAAAACAAGUUGAUAUUUUCAAGUGCUUCCACUUUCCAUGCUCUUGGUAGUGUGAUAUGAGCCAUUAGGAUUCAUUUCAGCAAUGACUGAUAAUUCAUACAAACUUCUAUUUUGUACUAUGGUUUGAUGGAAGGUCUUGGGUACUCCAACUGAAGUGUUUAAUUAUCAUGAAAUACAUUGUGUCUUUCAAGGCUGUGCAGCAUUGUAUUGCAGUUUUUGAAGAGCAAAAUGAAGAGGUUAUCUGGAUGCUGGCCCUUUCUGGUUCUUAAAUUAGCCUUAUAGGAGGCAUGGCUGAGAAGCAACUCUAUCUGGGUUAUUACUGCACCAUGUUUUCCUCUGAAAAAUGGAAAAUAAAUUCAUCCAGGGCAGGUGAAAAUGCAGUUUAGUUUCUUCUGGCCACUGAUAACUAGCAAAAGUCACCUGAGUAGAAUUCAUAGCUCUGUCAAAGUUGCAGCCAAGAUGUGUAGGUUCCCAGACAGUCCUUUCAGAUCAUUGUAUCAGAUCUGCUGCUGAGCCUGUCAGGAAGGACAUUACUCCUAUGUUUAAUAUGCUGUUACUGUUUAAUGGCUUGGGGACAAUCUCUGAACAAGGCAAUUUGUUGAAUGAGUUCAUAGCUUCUAGUCUCACUAAUAUGAGAGUUUGUAUAUGGAAGCAAUAGAUGAUGGAGGUGGGGGUGGGAGGAAAAAUAAACUAUGGCCCAAAACACUCACAAAUACUGUACAAAUCAAAGUUGAUAUAGUCUCCUACUGCUUAGGCUUUUUUUACUUUUGAGAUGUAUGAACAGAGUUUGUACGUGAAAGGAUGGAAGGGGAGAUGUCUGAAUAAAACAAAUUCUUCAUUGA